CUCUUUCUUUCAAUCCAUGUCUCAAUUUUUAUACUGCUUGUCACGGAACAUGAACACUCGCUAGCUGUAUAGCAUGUUUGAUUACUUUGGCCUGUUUGGCAUAGGACAUUCACUGAGCUUCGCUUAAGCCCCUCGCACACACUAGAUAACUCGUCGCCAGCAGGCCUACCUCUUUCCUUUCUCUCCUCGUGUUAGAAUUUCGUCAGAUAGUCUACCAAUAGAUUCCUAUUGCUCGAGACCGUCACACUGCUACCGACUUUCAAUCCACAAUUCGCAUCAAAGACAUAACUCCUUUUACUACAAUACCAGGGAGUAAAGGCAAAAUGAGACUGGUGGCAAUCUGUUUGCUUCUUUGCGUACUUUUGCCGAGAACAACAGUGUGGAAAACCCUGCGCUCCUAUACAAUGCUGCCCACUACGGACCGAGAAGAAUGCAAUGCGCUAGCAUAUCCGAAGACGCUAGAAAAAGCGGCUCUUUCAAAUUCAUUGACGGUUCCAGCUCAAGACAAACCGACACUAAAAGCCACCACGCCCCCCUGGCCAGGCCAAUCCUUCAUAAUCCGCGACCCCAAAACAAACCUCGUCAUCGCGCUCAACAACGGUAAUCUGGGAUUAUCUUCUCAAAGGACAAAGGGCUACAGUGAAGGAAUUCAUUGGUACAUUGUGGAAAACAACGAGAUGUGGUUGGGCUUUUACAAUUCCAUUUCGGGAGCGUAUAUUGGGCACAACAACCGCAACCAGUUUAUCGCUACAGCAAGGUGGCAUGAUGCUUGGGAGUAUUUCUGUGCGCGGGAACACCCAGAUGGUGGGUAUUUGCUUCUGGUGAAGCAUUGGGGAGGCUUCUUGCCGAUGAAAGUAGGAGAGAAGAAUGACUUGGUGGUUGACGUGGGGAGGAAUGGUGGGACGGCCUGGGAGUUUAUAAGGGUUUAGGUUUUGGGAUUUAGGAUGAGGGAUGAUUAGUGUAUUAUAACAGCUAUUAUUAUUUGAUGCAGUUAUAACAAUUUGCAACGUCCCAUUAAAAGCACCCACCUCGCCCAGGAGCUCGUGAACUAGCAUUCCCAGACCCCACAUUAACCAUUAUAAAUCAUCAUCAUCAUAACCCAUAACAAAACAUGUCCACCCCCCAGCCCUACAAUCCCCAGUCUCAACCCUUCUGCACACCCCGAA